GGGACGAAGAUCUCACCUCUAUUCGACCAUGGUUCCCAAGUCGAGCAGCCGAGAGCACGCCGAUGCCAUGGGCCUCGGCCAGGAGGGCGGCGAUGGCACGAGGAUCGUCGUGCUCGCGGGUGAGAACAGAGGCGCGGUGACAAGGGUGAACUCGCAGGAGAUGGUGGACACGGGCGGAGUGCUGCGGGCUGACGAGAACGCACUGGCCGCAUGCGCCAACAGCAACUACCAGGCCGUCAACAACUCGAUCGUUCUCGGCGGAAGCUGCACGGCGGAGGACCCCGGCGUCCACAUAGCCAUCUCCGACCGCGAGGAUGACGAUGACGAUGACGAGAGCGGAGAGGGAAGCAUAUACAACUCAUAGCGUUCCGGCCCAGAGAAACCCAAAACAAGCAGCAUGUACAUGACAUGUAUUAGGCAACCGUAUCCUGGAAAGCGUUUCGUGACACAGCUAUCGCUUGCUUGUGUCGUUGGCUUCUGUAGCUCCUUGAAGGAGUUGUG